CGCCCUCGCCCGCGACGUCUUCAAGACCAACGACCUCGCACUCUGUUCCCGCCCUAACCUCGCGAUCUGGCGGCGCCUCUCCUACGGCGGCCUCGAAGUCGCUCUCUCCCCCUACUCCCCCCGCUGGAUCCGCGCGCGCCGGCUCUUGGUCGUCCACUUCCUCGCCCCGCGCCAGAUCCGAGGCCUCGCCGCCUCGAUGGAGGAGGAGGUGCGCACCCUGAUGAACACCGUGGCCGCCGCCGCCGCGUCCGGGCGCAUGGUCGACCUCAGCCAGAGUCUGAUCUGUUUGGUGUGCUCCAUCAUGUGCCGGGCAGUGUUCGGGAAGAGGUUCACGCAGGCGGGAGAAUGCUCGAUGAAGGGCAUGAUAUUUCGGACGGCAGAGCUUUUGGGGGGGUUCGUCGCCGGGGAUUUCUUCCCAUGGGCUCACCGCUGGCUCAACGCCGUCACGGGAGUGCAUGGGAGGCUGGAGAGGAACUUCAAGGAGUGGGACAACUUGUUCGAAAGGGAAAUUAAAGAGCGGGAACGCGACGUCACCGGCGACGGUGACGACGGCACCUAUGCCGGUGUUCUCGUGCGCUUACUCAGAGAGGAACAAAAUAUCAACGAAGGCGGCCUCACGAGGGACGGCGUCAAAGCUCUUCUCCUGGACUUGAUGUUUGGCGCAACGGACACAGUGGCGGCGACAAUGGAAUGGGCCAUGGCGGAGCUAGUGAGGACUCCCCGAGUGCUCGCUAGAGCUCAGGAGGAAGUCCGCCGAGUGGCGGCCGGAAAAAGCUACGUCGACGAGGGGGACCUUCUGCGGCUCAGCUACCUGCACGCCGUCGUCAAGGAGAUCCUCCGACUCCACCCGGUCGCCCCUCUGAUGUUGCCCCACGAGUGCCAACAGCACUGCAAGGUCGGUGGUUACGACGUCGCCGCCGGCACUAGAAUCUACGUCAACGCGUGGAGCAUCGGACGAGAUGCAGACGCAUGGGAUAAGCCCGAGGAGUUCUGGCCGGAGCGGUUCGAAGGUAGCUCUGUCGACUACCUUGGGCAGUGCUUCGAGCUGGUGCCGUUCGGCAGCGGCCGGAGGAUCUGUCCCGGGAUAUCGUUGGCACAGUCAGUUAUGCGGCUUACACUGGCCAAUCUCUUGCACAGCUUCGACUGGACAUUGCCGGAGGGAGUGAGAAGGGAGGAUCUGGACAUGAGCGAGGUGUUUGGGCUCGUCGUUAGCAAGAAGGAGCCGCUAGUGCUGAUGACAACUCCGGCGAAGUUACUUUAA